UGUAUAAAAUCGACUAGUAAUGAAUUGUGGAUUAAUAAGUGUACUAGACAAUGUUACAUUAGAAAAACAGAUUCAGUGACAAAAAAGGAAGAAGUAAAGCACCCACAGUUUUUACCUGACCAAUAUACGCUAAAUAUUAUUUAAUGGGGACUUGACAUUGAAGAGCUCAUGAAGAUGUUUGGUUGCCAUUUGGUCGCCAAGCCAAGCCACAACGAAGAAAAGGAAAAUGUAUGAGCUCGCAAAAAAAAAAUUGUCAAUGGUCGUCAAUGUCAAAAAGUGAAAAUAGGAAUAUUUCGUAGUUUUGUUGAUUGACUCGUGCUUCCGUUGAUUUCGUGCUUGUUGAAAUUAAAAUCCACGUGUUUUAGCAUUGAAAUUGGUGCACAAUGGUUAAGAUUAAAAGCCGAGAAGGUAAAAAGAAAAAGUCAAUUCAACUAGAAGAAAAAAAAACUGAUGAAAAUGUAGUCAUUUUACCACCAGUUAGGAACUCUGAUGACCCUACACCUAAACAGGUAAAAUGGAUAAACAGACAAAGAGUUCUUGUAUUUGCUGCUCGUGGUAUUAACCAUCGACAUCGGCACCUUAUGGAGGAUAUAAAAAAACUUAUGCCUCACCACAAAACCGAAUCAAAAAUGGAAAGAAGCAAGAACUUGUAUGUUGUUAACGAAAUCAGCGAAAUGAAAAACUGCAACAAAUGCAUUUUAUUUGAAGGAAGGAAAAUGAGAGAUUUGUAUCUCUGGAUGUCCAAUAUUCCUAACGGCCCUAGUGUAAAAUUUUUAGUAGAGAACAUUUACACUAUGGGUGAACUGAAAAUGACUGGCAACUGCUUGCGAGGGUCAAGACCUUUAUUAUCAUUUGACCCGCAGUUUGCUAAAGACGCCCACUAUGUUCUGCUGAAGGAAUUACUGACUCAGAUAUUUGGAGUCCCUUACCACCAUCCCAAGAGCCAGCCAUUUUUCGAUCACAUCUACACUUUCAUGAUCUUAGAUAACAGAAUAUGGUUCAGGAAUUACCAAAUUCUGUCUGAGGAUGGUGCUUUAGCUGAAAUUGGACCAAGAUUUGUGCUUAAUCCGGUUAAAAUAUUUUCCGGAUCAUUUGGUGGAACAACACUGUGGGAAAACCCGAAGUACAUCAGCCCGGCGAAACUUCGGCAAGCAUUCUCCAAGAAAGCUGCAAACAAGUAUGAGAGGAGAGUUGAAAAGAAGGCAGUGUAUGAGGCCACUAAACCAGAAACUGGUUACCCAGACAUAGAGGGAGCGGACUUCUUUAGAGGAGAUCCUUUGGAGAAAGCUGAAGAAGUUCUUAUUAAAGAAGAAAUUAAAGAGGAAUCAAUGGAAGAGGAUGAAGAAGAAACUGAAAUACCAGCAAAGAAGCCAGUAUUCACCAUGAAGAAAUCUAAAAGUAGGCCUGACAUGGCGAUCCGUCGGAAACAGCUCAAAGCUAAAAGCAAAGCAAUCUCUGACCAAAUCAAGAAGAGAAAGCAGCUUAAAAAGAAGAAAACAUAAUACUGUGCAAAAAUAAAACAUAUUUUUUCCACACAAAAUAUUUUUAUUUAAAACAUCAAGUACAUUCAAUGUGUAUAAUAAAAUCGAUUUAAAUAAUACAUAAUGAUGAUUCAACAGUUAAAAAGUGUAAAGUGUAGCGGAAGAUCAUUAUAGGAAAAUAAAUUUAAUUUAUGAGUA